AUGGAGGCGCCCGCGCGGUCUCCGGGGAGGCGCGUGCUGGGGCCCCUGGCGGCGCGGCUGUCGAACCUGCUGGGCGGCCCGGAGGAGGCGCCCCAGAUCCCCGACAACGUCGCUGACGUCCGCACGGAGUCGCUGACGGUCGCCGAGGAUGCGGCGAUGCACGAGAGGUGGCAGUCCAUGCUCAAGGGCCGGAAGCCUUCCGAGUGCUCCGAUGCGGAGCUCAGGCGGCUGGUGGACGACGGGGCGCCGUUGAAGCACCGCCUGGACCUCUGGCCCCGAUGGUGGGGCCAGCCAGCCGGAGAGGUCGACAAGCUUUGUUCCGAGGCUCACGGCGAUCACGCCUCCCAAAUCGAGCUAGACUUGAAGAGAACUCUGUCGGGCGCGUGCUCGGACGACCAGCGGGGUUCGCUAAGAAGGGUGCUCUGCGCGUAUGCCGCGGUGAAUCCGGCGGUUGGCUACUGCCAGGGCAUGAGCUUCAUCGCCGCGGUGCCUCUUCUCCUGGCUUUCUCGGAGGCCGAUGCGCUCGCGGCGCUGCGCUACGUCGUCGAGCAGGUGUGCCCCGGCUACCACGGAGCCUCCCUGGAGGGGUAUUUCUGCGACCUCGGGGUGCUCGAUGCGCUGACUAGCCAACUGCUGCCAGAGGUACACGCGGAGCUGGUCGGCCUCGACAUACCCUUCGCCCAUCCGACAUGCUGGCCACGGACCACCUCCUGA